AAAAAAAAAGAGAAACCCAGCCCGCCACCCCCACCCCCACCACGCCCAUCCCCAUUCCCUCUACUUCCGGCCCGACACCGGCUGUAUCCUGCUCAGACCACCUCCCCAGCGACGCACUUAACCCCCCUCCCCGUCGCAACCUUCUGAACCACCCAACUCCCCUUCAGUGGCGGACUUGGGCUUAGACCUGGUGGGUCAAGUGACUCACCAGGCCCAAAAAAAAAUUUUAAGUUAAUUUUUUAAAAAAAAAAAAAAAAAAAAAAAAAAUCAGUUUUCCCAAAUUCACGAAUUCAGUAUUUCAGUUCAUGGCCUUCAAUCCUUCAUGCCCUAGCCAAUUCGCCUCUUCCCUAAUUCCCUUCAAGGCUUCAAUCCUUCGCCAUCAUCAAUCACCUAUUCACCUCCAUAAUCGCCUCCUCCAGUCCUCCUCUUCGCAGUUCGCAACUCGCAACUUCGCAAGUAAGCAUCUUCCUCACUCCUCAGUUAGUCAGUUCCUCUUCGCAGACUCGCAGUUCGUGCCUUCGACCCUUCGUCUUCCUCUUCGCAUAAAUUCAGGUGAGCUGUGAUGCUGUGAUGCUGGCCUGCUGCCCUGUGAGCUUGUGAUUUCAAGCUGUGAAAUGGUGAAUUUGUUAAUUGUUCAAGCUGUGAUACUGCCUGCUGGCCUGCUGCUCGCCUAGUCGGCAGUCGCCUGCUGCCCUGCUCCACUGCUCGAGAGUCGAGAGCGUGCUCUGCGCUCACCGCUCUUCGCUUCGUCGCUUCUUCUAAAGUCUAAUCUCCUAUUCUCAUUUUGCUAGUAAGUUGAUUUCUAAUUUUUAGUUUAAAAUUCUAAUCUUCAAUUUAAUCAAGUCUAAUUAGUUAAUUCUAUUAAACUUUGGUUGAUUUGUUAGUUGUUCACUUCAAGUCUUCAAUCACUUGUUUGUUUGGUAAACUUUGAACCUUUUGUUAAUGAGUAAUGACCUUAAUGUAAUAAUGUUGUUGGGUUUUAGAUGAAAUUUGAACCUUUUUGACCAUGUGAAUAUGUGAUUAUGUGAAUUGUGGUUUGUUUGGUAAAAUGAUCUUUGUAAAUAAUUUUUCUGGGGAAUUUUGCUUGCUUUAGUGGUGACUAUGACAUUGCAGUUCCAGAUAUGGAGGCUAAAUAUGUUGUUCCCGGGAGGAGGUUGUUUCGAGGUAAAUGCCCACAAGUGUCUAAUUUACAUCAUUUUCGAGUUGAAGUUUUUUUUGGUGUCAUUGAUCUUCAAUUGCAAGAACUUGAAAAUCGAUUUCCCGAAAUAACUAAAGAACUACUUGUGUGUAUGUCUUGUUUGAGUCCUGUGGAUCGUUUUUCUAAGUUUGACAAGGAAAAAUUGAUUAAGCUUGCAAAAUUCUAUCCUAAUGAAUUUCCAAGUUCAGAAUUGAUAGUCUUUGGUCAUACACUUGAGAGUUACAUUUGUUCUGUUAGAGGAGAUAACAGGUUUUGGAAUUUGAAGGGUCUUAGUGAGCUUUCAAUCAAAUUGGUUGAAACGGGAUUGUCUGAAACUCAUGAUAGGGUCUAUUUACUUUUGAAGUUGGUGUUGCUUCUUCCUGUCGCAACGGCAAGUGUGGAAAGGGUAUUUUCUGGCAUGAAGCAAGUGAAAGACAAACUACGAAAUAGCAUGGGAGAUCAAAUGUUGAAUGAUUGUUUAAUUACUUAUUUGGAGAAUGAUUUGUUUUUGAAUGUUAGCAUGGAAGAUAUCAUGAAUCGAUAUCAAAACAUGAAAACUCGUCGAGAACUAUUGUAAUUUGUAAUAAGUUUGCAUUACUAUUUAGUUGUCGUUUGUAGUAUUAUAUGAACAUUUGGUUGUAUUUUGUACUGUUUUGAAUAUUUGGAUGUAUUUUUUAGUACUAUUAUUUGGUUGUUCGGUAAAUUUUUUUUUUUAGAUACUUGAUUAUCGAUUGUGACUCACCAGU